CGGCACGCUCUUGGCUUUGGCCUGCUAUAACAUUUUUGUCAUGUCCCUGUCGUACCGUUAAGGUGAACAACCUGGAUACAUGGGUAACGUAAUAUACUGUUUACCAUAAGGAAAGUCCAUUUUGCUGUGCAGUCCGUUCGGCUGAAAGGACUCGUUUCAUUUUUCAGGAACUGCAAGUAGAGUUUACAGACUUCACGUUUUCGAAUAACCCAAAUCUACCAUGACUGGCCGUGGACAAGGUGGUAAAGUUCUGGAAAUAGGAGGCAUCAAGCGCCAUCGGAAAGCACUCCGUAACAACAUUCAAGGCAUCACCAUGUCAGCCAUCCGUCGUUUGGCGCGUCGUGGUGGAGUGAAGCGUAUAUCCGGUCUGCUCUACGAGGAGACCCGCGGUGUGCUGAAGAUCUUCCUGGAGAAUGUUCUCCGGGACGCCGUCACCUACGCUGAGCAUGCCAAACGCAAGACCGUCAGCGCCAUGGACGUGGUGUUCGCCUUGAAACGCCAAGGCAGAACUCUGUACGGAUUUGCCUCGUAGCUGCCAUCGUGUGUUAAUUUGUUGUAUUGCCGUCUUUCGCUCUAGUAUACUUAAAAGUUAAGAACAGUGUCACCGUCUUGUGGUGUUGCUUUAAAAUAUGUCGUCUGUGAAGUUUUGAUUGACCGAAACUGUACAAUUCGGUGAACUGAGACAUCAGUAAAGUAACU